CACCCAGAGAUGAGCACUUCCGUAACUCCAGCUGGCAUUCCAGCUCCACCGGCCUUGGAGAAGAAGCCCGUCAAGUUUUCCAACCUUCUCCGUAAGUGAAGCCUCCCGUCUGUCUUCCGACGAUUCGGAAGCUGCCUUUGGGUUGCACCAGCUGCGGGAACAAUUGCUGACGUUGGAGCUUACAGUCGGAGCUGGCCUGAACUUGUUUGAGUGAGUACUCACCUCGGAGAUGCAUCGCCUGCACGUACUGCUCGGAUGCUAAUUCAUCAUGAUAGAGUCACAACUCUGGGACAGCCGCUAGAAGUGGUCAAGACCACCAUGGCCUCCAACCGUACUGAAGGUUUCGGUGGUGCUAUCGGGCGUAUUUGGGGUCGUGGCGGUGUGUUAGGAUUCUACCAAGGCCUUAUUCCCUGGGCCUGGAUCGAAGCCUCCACCAAAGGAGCCGUCCUGCUCUUCGUCGCUUCCGAGGCCGAAUUCUAUGCCAAGUCCUUCGGCGCUCCCAACUUCGUCGCCGGAAUCUCGGGCGGUAUGGUCGGAGGUCUUGCGCAGGCCUAUGCUACCAUGGGCUUCUGCACUUGCAUGAAGACCGUGGAGAUCACAAAGCACAAGGUCGCGGCUGCCGGGAUGAAGCCCCCAGGCACCAUGGAGACAUUCAUGGAGAUCUGGCGCAAGGAAGGUAUUCGCGGUAUCAACAAGGGCGUGAACGCUGUUGCGGUCCGCCAGGUCACCAACUGGGGAUCCCGCUUCGGUCUCUCCCGUGUGGCCGAGACCGGCAUCAGGAGAGUGACCGGGAAAGAGGAAGGCCAGAAGCUCGGCGUCAUGGAAAAGAUCAUCGCAUCUGCGCUUGGUGGUGGUCUCAGUGCCUGGAACCAGCCCAUCGAGGUCAUCCGCGUUGAGAUGCAGUCCAAGACUGUGGACCCUAACCGCCCCAAGAACUUGACUGUGGCCAAGGCAGCCAAGUACAUCUACUCCAACAAUGGUAUGAAGGGAUUGUAUCGUGGAGUUACCCCCAGAAUCGGGCUCGGCGUUUGGCAAACUGUUUGCAUGGUAGCUUUGGGCGAUGUUGCCAAAGAGGCGGUUGAAAAGCUCACGGGCGACAAGGUCACAGCUAAGCAUUAG